AUGGUCUCCACCACUAUCAACUUCUCCGGCCUUCUGUGCCUCUUCCUCGCUCUCGGCCCUGCCACCAUUCUCGCCUCGCCUCAGGCACCCGGCUUCCCAGUCCCUGAUAUCAUGAGCCACUCUGAGUCCACAAACGAGGACGGCAACAGCGACUUCCUGGCCGGCAGCGGCAUCAACGCAGGCAUCCCCGACGGCCCAUCCUUCAACGCCGGUGCAGGUGUGCACACCUCUCACCGAGGCCCCUGCGGCCCCAACUCCGGCGACGACUUCGAUGCCGGCAGCGGCAUCAACGCCGGUAUCCCAGAUGGUCCCUCCUUCAACGCCGGCGCAGGCGUGCACGACCACCGCGGAGGCGAGCCCUGCCCCGAGCCUGAGCCCUCCAUCGUAUUCCUGCCUCCUUCCCCAACCGCCACCAUCCAGCCUCCCACCUAUGCCCCAGUUCCCGCCAUCGUUCCCACUCCCGCUCCCGCUGUCCCAACCUACACCACCCCCAUCUACAUCCCCCACACCACCCCCGCAGUCUACGCGCCUGCCGUCCCCAUCGUCAAGCCUUCCACCGCUCUGAUCCCUCACCCUGCUCCUGCUCCCUCUGCCUCGCCCUCAAGCUCUCCCAUGCCUGUCUUCAACGCCGGAUCAUCUCUUGCUCCUGCGUCUGUCCUUGCAGUCGCAAUCCCAGCCGUUCUUGCCUUCUUCAACUAG